AUGGGUUGCUUGAAGGAUAUUCUGAGUGAUGGUAGUCGCAUAGAUAUAGGUAUUUUAAUUAAUGCGACAGUGGAGGAGAGUUGGUUGCAUAGAAGAAGAUCUCACCGUGUAGUAAUUCUAAACAAUGUGGAAGAUGAGAUAGAGAAGAGUAGAAGAAACAGAGUUGAUGAAGAGGAUGUUUCUUUACGGCUAAAUGGGAAAGGACAAGGUAAGAAGGUCUUCUCAUCAAAGGAAACUUGGGAGUUUAUAAGAGAGAAACAUCAACUAUGCCAUUGGUAUAAUGCAGUGUGGUUCAAGUACUCAACACCAAAGUUUUCUUUCAUUCUUUGGACGGCGUUGAAGGGGAGGCUCGCAACGGGUGAUCGAAUGAGACAUUGGAAUGGGAAUCCAAAUGUUGCGUGUGUUCUAUGCAAUGAAUCUCUGGAAACUCUUGAGCAUCUCUUUUUUGAAUGUGAGUUCUCUGCUCAGGUAUGGGAAGUUCUGAUGAAGGAUAUCUUGAUGGAUAAAUACACGGUGAGAUGGGAGGAAAUGCUUGGAAUUAUGAGGGAUUUGACAAGAGAUAAGAUGCAGAUAUUUCUCAUUAAGUAUAUGUUCCAAGCAACAGUGUAUAUGAUCUGGAGAGAACGUAACCGUAGAAGACAUGGAGAGACAGGAGCCCCUGCAGCUCUCCUGAUUAAGAUUCUCGAUAAAAACAUGAGAAAUAAACUCACAUUGGUGCUGAGGAAGGGUGACAGCCAAAUUGGGAGGGGGAUGCAGUAUUGGUUUAUGACAAGAUAG